UGGGCGUUGACAAAAGGGGAUCGCUUGCCGCGUGCGCUCUCGCGCCGUGUUUUGCGGUACCGAACACAUAAGUUACAUUUCUCGUGUUUUGUUAAACGGCUUACUUCUGCAUAUUUGGUGGAAAUGGAGGCUUUUACCCAGCUUCUGCUGGAAUAUCCGGAAUUCAUGUACAGUGGAGUAGGAGCUACGGCGUCUGUCGCCGUUGGAGCGCUGAUAUACAAACUAGCCACCAGAAAGAAGCCGACCCAUGCAGAUGUGAACUGCUGGUUCUGUAACCAGAACUAUGUGGUACCCUUUGGGAACAGAAACUGCUGGGACUGUCCAAACUGCGACCAAUACAAUGGCUUUCAGGAGAAUGGGGAUUACAACAAACCCAUACCAGCUCAGUUUAUGGAGAAUCUGAACCAUGGAGUAUCUGGUAGCCUUCCCUCAACACCGAAGACUCAGCAGUCGGUCAGCAGUCAGAUGCUCCUGUGCAGGAAGUGCAAUAAGAACCAGACAUUUGUCAUCAAACAGUUGGCCUCAUUUAUCCCAAGGAAUGAUGAUAACUACGAUGAGGAAAUUGAAGCCUACAAGCACCACCUGGAGCAGACGUAUAAGUUAUGCAAGCCAUGUCAGACAGCUGUGGAGUACUACAUCAAAUUUCAAAACCGUCACCUUCGAACCGUGCUCCUCAACCAUCCUCUUCGACGCAGCGGAGAAACCGACAAGGGCUUUGUAAAGAGCUCCCAUGCUGUGUCCUGUCCCAUGAAGGUCAUACUGUUACGGGCCCUUACCUUCUUCAUAUGUGCUUUCCUAGUCGCUACAUCUUUGUGUGCCUUGCCAUACCAGCAUACAUCACUUGGAGACCCACAGAUAUUAAGUGGUGGGGCUAUUCCUCCGAAGCCUACGCCCAACAAUGAAUCUGCCCCCAACAAUGACAGCAGUGGAGGCGUGCCCUUGUGGCAGGAUCUGCUGGAGCUGCUCCCAGAUGAGGCCAUAGAUAAGGCCAAGCUGGUGUGGCAGCAUGGAAAGAACAACCAGCUGGCUAUAGUCUGUGUUGGCCUGUUGACGUGUCUCACUGCUAUCUUCUUAGCAGGACCUGUGAGGUUGAGGAGAAUUGAUGCUGUGGCGUCUGUGCUCUGGUUCCUCAUCCUAUGCCUCCACCUGGCAGAGAUCUACCUUACUGAUGCCUCCGGCUGGACGGAAACAGCCAAGCUCGGCACCGUCUGCCUCUGUUGCCUAGUCAGCUUUGCUGCUGCUGUGGCAACGCGCAAGCCACUGGGUCCAAGGAGAGCCAGAUAUCGAAGAUACCUUGCAGGCAGCUCUGCAGCCCCCCCCUUCAGCAGCCAGCCUCCUCUGCUCUCUCCGGAGCUGGUGGAGUCAUUCGUCCCAACCCUGCCGCCCAACUUCUCCAAGCUCCUCAACCGCCAACAGAGUCCUCGCGAGCGCAAGGCGUCCCCCUCCUCUCUGCCGGGGCGCCUCAGCAGAGCCCUCAGCCUCGGCACCAUCCCUCCCCUCACCAGGACAGAUUCUGGUUACCUGUUCAGUGGAAGCAGACCAGCCUCACAUUACAAAGACUCCCCACCCUCAGACUACUUCUCACUGAUAUCCGGGAGCCGUCCAUCCUCCCCGGGCCCCUCUCCAGCUCCCUCGGUCGCCGGGUCAGUUACGUCCAGUUCAGGUUCUGCCAGACUCCGGCGCCCCCUCAUCAGCCCCGCCCGUCUCAACAUCAGCGGUCGAAAACUCCGGCUUUUCUCAGGGGAGCAAGAAGCCACCCUCAUGUCCCCCUCUGUGUCUUCUUCACAUUUCCAUUUCAAUUCGGCCUCUUCCAUUUACAGUGGCUGUUUAUCCCCUGACGUAUCUCCCUUUCAAAGCCAAAAUGAUCUGAGUUCUCUGUUUAGGGACGGCAGUGUGAUUGAAGAGGAAGAGAAGCAGGGCAGUUCCUCUGAUUCCUCUACAUGCAUUGUUGGGACGACCACACAGGGACCUGAGAACGGCGCUCCUUCCAAAGGUUUCAUUAGGCGUCUGAUCUGGCCUGGGCUCCUGAUGGUGAGCCUGACCUCCAACCUGGUGUUUGCCUCAGUCUACAUCUACCUCAACUGGAGAUGAGCUGCUGAUGGCUCUGUGCUCUCGUGAGUCACCCUCUAGCUUCUGACAGCCCUGGUGUGUCUGUGGACCAGGAGGUAGGUCAGUGAUGCCAGAAAACAUUAGAUCUCUGACAGCUACCUAUUGUCUGCUGGUGCUUAAGGAAAAUACAGAUGUCAGCUGACAGAUUGUCAACAGCGUAACUCCCAUUCAGUUACGAGAAAAUUGUGGCGAAAUCAGAUAUUAUGCCUUUUAAUUUAUGACUAAUGACUGCUUAUAAUUCUUAUUAUUUUUGAUCUGGGCUUGUUUUUUGGUUUGUCAAUGCUCCUCUUACAUGAAUGCAGGUGCAUGUGUUAUUGAUUUUAAAAGGCUCAAUUCUUGCACUGAUACUGUGCAUUGAGUUAAACAUGUACUGUUGAGUUGAUGCUGCUUAAACACAGAGGGUCAUGUCUUACCUACUUAUUGUGAACUGUAAUGACUGCAUUACCUCUCCCAACUCAAUUACAUUUCUGGUCCAGUACAAUAGCUACAUAUGAAACAUUAAGCAGCAUGUAACGUUUGUUUGGUGUAAAAUUACAGUUUUAGAUUUAGAACACAUUUUUUUUUGUAUGUCAUUACUUCACAGCACUGGUGUUAGUUUCUAUAUAUGCAUAUUCAGCUAGAAAAGAGGGGUGACCUUAUGUUUUUGUUUUACAGUCAACAUUUUUACAAAUAAUGUUGAUUUUAUAUCUCAUACAUAAAGUGAUGCAUGUCUCGAUCAUUCACUAAAAUGGUUACCUUUCACCGAACAAUUUUGUAUUUUAUUUUUUUAAAGAUUCUCAUUUCAGAGGGUAGUUUGUUAGGGGCAAAACUCCUCUGGCCAAGUGCAAUGUCUUUAUAUUAAAAAUCUCAUCUAUAAAAAAUAGAUCACAUUUACAUGAUGUUUGCAUACGAGUUUACUCCUGAGCUGUGAACUAAUUUAUGCAGAAUUUCAAACUUACCUAUAUAAUAAUUUGGAAUGCAUUUGCACUUGUUUGUUUUCUGAAUUGUUUUCCGCAUUUUGUGGAUUGAUGGUUGUAUUUAUGUGACUUGAAAUUGUUCUCUUAAAGCUGAAGAGCGCAGAUGUUUGUUGUGUUUAUGUUGAACUUGAGCUACACAAAGUUGUACAUUUUGGACAUGUAAAGAUUUGUAUCUUGUUUAUUUCCUCCUUAAAGUAAUUGUAUUGUUGAAUACAUGAGAGGAAUCCUUUUUUUGGUGAGUUUUGUGGAUUUUCUUAGACACUUUGAGGUCAUUAAAAGUGUUCUGAAUUUAUCUUGAACCAAAGUAAAAAUGUAUGUAACAAAUGUAAAAUUAAGUUUCUGAGAAAACUUAAACGUGCUACUGAAAGACCUCUAAAUUACUCAGAAACCUAUCAUUAGACAACUUUUAUACUGAAUAAUUGUUGUUGAAAGGUAUUAACCUGUUCACAUGCUGUAUGGAGACUAGUGCAUUUGUAUUGAAUGUGUAACCCGGCGUACGUAUUCCUCUCUAAAGGAGGCUCAUUCAUUGGAAGAUCAUGUUCAUGUUGAAAUGUAAAUAUUUUGUCAACAAGUUUGAACUUUCCUGAAUGAGGAUUGUUUUCAGUAAAAUAUAAAAUUAA